AUGGGCGCCUAUACUUCAGUACAGCAGUGCCUUGAGCACUAUGGAGUCACGAUAAACUGUUCUGUAGUUUACGCACCCGACAACCAGACCGUUUUAUCCGUGGGAGGAAACAGACCCGGAGAGUUUAACCCAGAUCCAGAUAUUGCGGGUAUCGGUAUCCUCGGAGCCUUCGUCGUAAUAACGGGGUUCUCGUUACUAAUAGCCUUCUUGCAUGUCUUGUGGCACUAUGCCAAGCUGAUGAAGCUUAAAAAGAGACUAACAGACGAAGAAAAGGAAAACAAAAGAUGGCAGCUGAGCAUUGGUGGCUUCUUUGAGAUGCUCAUCAUCUCGUGUAGUGAUCAGCAGAUUUUCACCGGUGCGGCAUACGCCAUCACGAUGCGCUUCGCCAAAGCAUGCUCCAUCUCGGCUUACCACUACAACGUUAUCUCGAAUAUGCUGUUACUCACCUGCGCCACACACUUGCUGACCCUUCUUGUGUCAAAGCACUACUGGGAGCAUCCCUGGGUAGCUGGAAUCCGGACGGUAGCGACGGCGCUGUUGUAUCUUGCGACGGGUAUUCUUCUUUCCACCCAGGCCGCCCCGGGGUCUGAGCUCGCCUUUCCGACCCAGGUUCCUAAAGACGACGACAAAUGGAGCACCCUCCUUCUACCAGCCGCCUGCUUCCAAGGGAGCGCUGCGCAGUUUGGGAAUACCUUGCAACAGUCCUUCCAAGGAGCCGGACUGUUCAAGGUGGGCGACCGUAUCACCGGAUGGACUCCAUUCGUCAUUCUUGUCCUAUACUACGUCCUUGCCAACAUCGUUACGCUUGGUAGGGUCGUUCGUGCAGGACGGGAGAAUGGCGGAAGGCGGGAAAAGUUUUGCAAGUGGUUUGUGGACGUGGUAGGGACGAAGAAGCUGAAGUGGGUGAACCGUAUUGGUGGACAGGUCUAUGGCGUGUAUCUCUUGGCUGGCCUGGCAAUUUCGGGAUACACGAUGGCUUCGUCGUCCGAGUACAUUGCGAUGCUUCGGCGUUGGGUUGACCGGUCAGGAUGGAUUCAACUCUUUGAUGGCACCAACUCGGAGAACGACCCCAAGUCCUUCGGUCAGCUUGUUCCUCUUCUGAUGAUGACACUCACCGUGUUUACCUUUUUGCAGAUGUUGAGUGAGGCCAUAACGAUCAGGAAGUUGAAGAAUAAUCAGCGCGAAGAACUUCAAGACGUGCGGCAGGAGUUCGAAGACCAACUGGAAGAGGCAAGAGCGAGCUCGAUCAAAGUCCAAGAAAGUGGCCUAGGCAACGGAAAGCGACCUGAGGUACACGAGAAGGAAGCGUUUAGCAGGCAAUUCGAAGCAAGCGGAAGCCAGGCUUAUGGGAUGAACGCCCAAACGCCAUUGUCGCCGGCUCCGAUGUACACCAUGUUCGCCAACCCAUCUUCCUCGAGCGGCGCUCCGUUCUUUGUCUACGCCGCACCACCUGGGUCGCCGAUGGCAACACCCGAUUGGGCAUCCGUGACACCGCAGCAAGGGACGCCGAUGCACUUUGUUAUCCCGGCGCAGUUUGUAGCUGGAGCGUUUCCGAUGACCAGCCCUGGAAACGGAAGUGCGCCCCCAUCUCAAGGGUUCCCUUGGAAUCCUUUCAGUCCUGGUCCUGCUCCGACAUGGAAUGCGCCUGGGCCGAGCAAGCCUUCACCAUCCGAUGAUCCGUCGUCUCAGCCGGAGCCGUCAACGAAGGCAGAACCCGAAAUCACCACCAAGGAUACCAAGCCAACACCGGUUGUUUCCGUGUAUGAUGUGAACACCACACCGUCUCCGCCAUCGAGAUCCUCGACAGUUCCCACUUCAAAGUCGGACCCCUCCGAUAAUGAGGGGCUGACGCCUCAUCCAGCAAACCUUCGAAGGGCUGAUACCGAUUUGACGCUGAUAGGGCAACCGAGCUCGAAUUUGGAUGCUGGGGGCCAGACAGGUCGGCAAACGUCGGGACAAGGCUUCGAGGGUGUUGCUGCGGAUCCCAACACGCUAAGUUACUUUCCGGCAGUUGCGAUCGCUGAGGCAAGCGUAGAGGAAGAGGGGCAGGAAGCAGAGAGAAGGACUGGCGAGGGUGAUAACGCGGGAGGGACUGGAUUUGAGGUUGGCAAGGCGAUGUAG